AUGUCAAAGUUAUCUGCAGUCUUAGAGCAGCUGCCUGAUGGGUCAUCACGAGAGAUGAAUUUCUAUGACUCUUCCUUCUUCAAAGAGGCAGGCAAACGCCUCCCGACCCCUUCGCAAGUGAAAGCUCUGUCAAAAGACGCUCACACGAGCCCUCGGCCAAAACCUGUUAUAUUCAAAGAUUCUGAAGUCUUCGUCAAGUUUGGCCCUUACGUGACAACUGCAGAAGCACAGUGUCUUUGGAUGAUUAAACGGGCCUUUGGUGAAGAGGUUCCAGUCCCCGAGAUUUUCGGAUGGCGAGUCGACGAGGAGAACCAUGUCUUUCUCUAUAUGGAGCUCAUUCAAGGACGGACAUUGUUGGAUCGUUGGAACGAGCUCACUGAUCUGGAUAAAAACUCUUUAUGCACUCAACUCUCUCAGAUCACUCAAACUCUCCGCCGACUUGAACAAGAUCCUCGCCAGUAUAUCGGUUCUAUCAGCUACCAGAAAGUUCAAGAUUAUAUCUUUGAAUCGCAUCCGAAAGCCGGCCCUUUCUCGACUGUUAGGGAGUUUCAUGACUGGUUUUCUUCUUUGCCACAACUGUGGCUUCCCCUAUCGAAAAAAUACAAAGAUCCGUACAGGGAUUUGUUACCUGACAACGAGGACAUUAAGUUUACUCAUGCGGACCUUCACCGAGCCAACAUCAUUGUCUCUUCCAGCAAACCUGCUCGCAUUCUUGCGAUCGUGGAUUGGGCGCAAGCGGGGUGGUAUCCAAGCUAUUGGGAAUACUGUAAAGCACUCUAUACCUGCUGGUCCGAGGAUGAAUGGCGACGAGAAUGGAUUGACAGAUUUUUAUCCCCACGAAUGCGAGAGUUUGAGCUUUUUUCAGAAUACACAAUGGCAAUGGGGUCCGUUUGA